AAAACACAACUAGCUAGUGAUCGCCGUUAGUACUAGUAGUAACUAGCUAGCUAGCAGUAAGUCAAAAUGGAUUUGGUUAAUGGUUUCUUGAAUCUAGUGGCACCACCUUUCACCUUUUUCACUAUGUUACUGUUUCUCCCUCCUUGGAUCUUCUUCAGAUUCUGCCAUGGCUUCCUUCGCACUGUUUUCUCCGAAGAUCUUUCCGGCAAAGUCGUCCUUAUCACCGGUGCUUCUUCCGGAAUCGGAGAGCAUGUGGCUUACGAAUAUGCGAGCAAGGGGGCGCGGUUGGCUCUGGCGGCUCGGAGAGAAGAUCGUCUCCAAGUAGUCGCUGAUCGAUGCAGACAAAUAGGAUGUCAUGAUGUCAUUGUCAUCCAGGCAGAUGUCUCUGAAGCUCGUGACUGUAAAAGGAUGGUUGAUCAGACCCUUCAUCACUUCCAUCGAUUGGACCAUUUGGUGAAUAAUGCUGGAAUUUCACAAGUUUGUAUGUUGGAAGACGCUCAAGAUAUCACCAAUUUACGGCCUGUCAUGGAUAUAAACUUUUGGGGUUCAGUUUACACAACUAAAUUUGCAAUUCCACACCUAAGGGACAGCGGAGGGAGGAUCAUUGUGCUUUCGUCCUCGGCUUCUUGGAUUCCUCUCCCAAGGAUGAGUAUCUACAAUGCAAGCAAAGCAGCACUCAUGCAGUUCUAUGAAACGCUGCGAGUUGAAUUCGGGUCAGAUAUCAAAAUAACCAUUGUGACUCCCGGAUUCAUAGAAUCCGAACUCACUCAAGGCAAAUUCCUUUCACACGAAGGCAAGAUGGUAGUCGAUUAUGAUGCUCGCGAUAUGCAAGUGAACUUGCAACCGGUGGGGAAAGUAGUGACUUGUGCGAAGGAAAUAGUGAAACGAGCAAUGAGAGGAGAUAGAUACGUGACGGAACCAGGAUGGAUGAAUAUAACUUAUGUGUGGAGAGUGUUGUGGCCCGAGGCGGUAGAGUGGACUACACGAUUGAUGUGUAUGACAACGGUUGGUGGCGAGUCUCACCAUGACACUUUUGGGAAGAAGAUCUUAGACAUUACCGGAGCUCAGGGUCUACUUUACCCAACUAGCAUUCAAUCGUCCGAGUUGAAAUCAGAAUAAACCAAAUCGCCUUGGUGUUAAAAAGUUGUGGGGUUCUUAAUUAUAUACAGUAGUAGUUCUUAUCUAGUUUUAUGGUUCGGUUCUUUUGUUUGUGUAUAAAUAAAUAAGAAACUGGUAAUGUGUACCCAAGAUGAAACCGUUUGUUCAUAUAUAUUGUGAUUAUAGUAUAUUUUUCA